CGCAAUGUAACAACAAUGACCUCGGUUAGCGAGGAACCUUCUUCGUCUGGAAGUGUGACGGUCGUCGAAGAACCGUCACAAUCACAAACGUUGGUUUUGAAGCUGAAGAAGCCCAAGUCGCAGAAGAAAGUUGAAUGGGAUUCGAAUGCUGUCGACAACGAACACAUGGGAAAGAAAAAGUCAAAAUGUUGUUGUAUUUAUCACAAGCAGAGAGGGUUUGGAGAGUCGGACUCUGAGAGCGACACAUCGGAUAAAGAACUUGAUCAUUGCCAUGGAAACGCAUAUGAACCCAGCGACAAAUAGAAUUAUAUCUCUUUACAUUUGUUCAAUAGUCUCUGUAAUAUCUAGAUAUUAGAUCACUUAUCUUACUAAUAGAAAUCAGCAAGACUGCAUGGUUGUAGUC